GUGGCGGGGAGCCGGAUCCCGCCGCCACCUCCCGCCGCGACCGGGUGAUGGCUGCGAGGUGGAAGGCGGGGGGGAGAGACGCAAGCCAUGUUUAAAACAAACUACACCCUUCUCCUCGCCUCCCGCGGCAGACCCUCUCCAGAGGGUGCUGAAGGCAAGGAUGCAGCAAAAGUAACUAAACAAGAGCCCACAAGACGAUCAGCAAGAUUGUCAGCUAAACCUGCUCCACCAAAACCUGAACCCAAACCAAGGAAAACCACGAAGGAACCUGGAACAAAGGCCAACAAAGGUGCUAAAGGGAAGAAGGAUGAAAAGCAAGAAGCUGCAAAGGAAGGUACUACACCAUCUGAAAAUGGUGAAAAUAAAGCUGAAGAGGCUCAGAAAACUGAAUCUGUAGGUGACAAGAAUGAAUGAAAUAUCAUGAAAAUUUUGGGUUGAUUUUAUGUACCUCUCGGACAACUUUUAAAAGAUAUUUUUAUCAAGUAUUUUGUAAAUGCUAAUUUUUUUAGGACUAUGAUAGUUGACAUAUUAAACUGUAUAUGAACAUUUCCCUUCUCAUAACAGUGCUUUUAGAAAUUCCCAUUGUUGCCAAGUAAUAUAAAUAUCAACUUAAUAUUGCAAGGUAUGUGUAAAAUUGGAUCGGCAUUCCAUACACUUGCUUUAAGAAAUUAAGUCUUGUGCAUAUGGUGAUGUUUUUACUGUGCGUAUUUGAAUUUUUCAUGCAGUUUUUCUAGAGCAAUAAUCAGUGGUGCUUUUGUACUUAGGGUUUAUGUGAUUUUAAUGAAACAUGGAUAGAUGUGGCCACCUGCUGACUAUUUUGGGUUCUUUUAAUGGAUUAAAAUAAAAGGUCUCCUUGCCUGCGAAACUACAGCCUCCUAAUGUUUUCUCUAAAUCUGAGGAAUGCCUUACUCCUGUUUUCAACUGUUAUGAGGAAGACUAAAUGAUUUGCAUGCAGUCUGUUUGCUUUUUUGCUGAGAUCUGAUGAAAAAAUGCCCACACAGGAGUAGUAGGCUGGGAUUUUCAGUGGCCUGCAACUUAAGGGACUUACAGAUACAUUCUUCAGAUAUACUAUCAUGGGGUGAGUAGAGUUGUGCUCUGUCGGGAUCUUGUGUCUCUAAUGAGCUAUCAAUACAGAAUGAAUUGCUUGAUUGAUAGAGACGUACGAUAACUGUUAAAGUAGCUUUGCUUUUCCCCCACUCCUUUUUCAUUAACUAGAGAAGACUUGCAUCGUAUUCUGUGGAAACCUUUCUAUCUGCAGCCUCAAAUUUAAUAUAAAUAGUAAUUGCUGUUCUGCUUCAGCUGAGGACAGUUGUUAAUACAUUGAAAUCGCUGUUAAACAGCGCUAUAUGUUUGGUACCUGGUAGAAAUGGAACAACGGAAGUUAUUUUUGAGGUGAUUCUGGUGAUAUGGUGGAUUAGUUAAUGAUUUUUCCUUUUUUUUUAGUGGCCAUGUUUCAACUCUGCAGCUCAUUCUAAGCGCCUUUUAUAAUUUUUCUCCUUCUCUUUUCUCUAGGGGCCCUGGUAUUUCUAGUUACUUCUGGGAUGGGAGGGGUGAGAGAAAAGAUGUUCCCUGUUCUUCGGUAGCAUUGAUUUGUGUUGCUCAAGUGGUGGCCGUUAUGUCUGAGGAUACCAUUUGCUUGUUUAAGUCAAUAAAUAAAUGACUGUUGCCUGA